GGUAGCUCAGUUGGUUUCAUUCAUCAUCAUUCAAGCACUGAUGGCACGUGGUCAUCAAAAAAUUCAAUCGCAGCAGAAAGCACAGAAAAGGGCAGAGGCCCUCAAAAAAUCGCAAGGUUGUGAUCAGCGUGGUGCGGCACAGAAGGCUUUGCACCACAAGUGCAGUGUAUGCAUGGCACAGAUGCCGGAUCUAAAAACGUACAAGCAGCACUUCGAAAGUCGUCACCCAAAAACACCUCUACCACAAGAACUGGCUGAUGUGCAGAACUGAAUCGUUGCAAGCACAGAUUUCAAGAACUAAUAACUUUGAAAGUUAGUGAAUAAAAGUCUUAAGAU